AUGCAGUUGUGUUUCAGACAACUUAUUGAAAGACAAAGAGAGAAUCUUCUGAAUACCGAGCUAACUCUACCAUCUGAUGCGGAUCGUGAAUUUCUUCAACUUCAACGUCAACAGGAAAAUCUGCGCAACAUCCUGACUCCAAUGAGGGAAUCAAACUGGCCUCAACAGUACCAAAAGCAGUUGAAACAAUCGCACAAGCUGCGUGCGGCUAUCGAAGCGACGAAAGAGGCUAUUGAUAAAACGAUGAGGUUAUUAGAUGUUUUUUACGGCUUCUGUCCCACUGUUUCAGUUUUUUUUUCGCAGUUAUGUGUUGAUCGGUUUUUGGAUGUGGGCGUGUCGUUCUGA